AUGUGUCGAUCUUUGCAAUUAAUACGUAGAAAAGAUUUGAAAAUGGAAAAAUAUACUUUUGCGGUAUUAAUACUUAUCCACAAUGCAAAAUUUAUUUUUUUAUAUUUAAAAAUAAUUAAAUUUUAUUUUUUACUUUUAAUAAAUAACGAAUAA